AUGUCACGAAAUAGAGACAAAUUAGGGAGAUUUGUAAAACAACAAAUUGAAAUUUUAGAAAACUCUCCUAAAUCGUCUUCUUCCACUCGUUCUCAUUCACCACCAUCACCCAUACUUCCUGCACUUCCAAUGAUGGCUCAACAACAGGAAAUCCAACCAAGAACGCUACAGGAUUAUCUACAUCCUACGCGUACGGCCACACCUUCAUGCAUAAUGUAUCCCAUGAAUAUGCCCAACUUCGAUUUCAAACCUGGCAUGAUUCAACUUUUACCAACCUUUCAUGGUAUGGAAAAUGAGAGUCCAUAUGUGCAUAUUCAGGCCUUCGAAGAGGUGGUGGCCACAUUCAACAACCAAGCUGACAUCAUUAACUUGGUGAGAUUGAAGUUCUUUCCUUUCUCACUCAAGGAUAAAGCCAAAAGCUGGUUGUAUUCCUUAAGGCCAAGGUCUAUUGGGACUUGGGAUGAAAUGACAAAAGCAUUUUUCUCUAAAUUUUUCCCACCCCAUAAGACUAGCAGCCUUAAGAGGCAAAUCUCUACCUUCACCCAAAAGGACCAUGAAACGUUUCAUCAGGUCUGGGAGAGGUUUAAAGAUUUGAUGGGCCAGUGCCCACAUCAUGGAUACGAAAGUUGGCGUCUUGUCAGCUAUUUCUAUGACGGUCUCACAGCCGACAAAAGACAAUUCGUACAAAUGAUGUGCAAUGGCGACUUCCUACAGAAAGAUCCCGAAGAAGCUUUGGAAUAUCUUGAAGAAAUUUUUGAAAAAUCAUACACAUGGAGUGCGCCAAGUCCUACAGACAAGCCACGAACAGCCGGAGUCUACCAAUUGAAGGAGGAGGACAGUGUGAAAGCUCAACUUGAAGCUUUGAAAAAACAAUUUGAGGCUUUCAAAACUCAAGAAGGUAAAGCACUCCAGAUGGCUGCAAAAGUGGAAAAGCAAGAACCAUGCUUCAUUUGUGGAGGGACUGAUCAUCAACCACAAGAGUGCCCUAGUCUUAGUAUGUUGAGGGGAGGAGAUGAGGAACAGUGUAAUGCCUUAGGGGAUUACAAGAAGCCUUAUAAUGCCUACUCCAACACAUACAAUCCUGGUUGGCGUAACCAUCCCAAUUUCAGUUGGAAGGAUACAAGUCAAAAUCAAGCAUCUGGGAGCCAAUGGAAACCUGAUCAACAAAAUAAUUCUCUUGAGAAUUCCAUAAAAAUUCUCGCAGACUCUCAACUAGAGUUCAGGACUUAUUUUGCUCAGGUGAUAGAGGAAUUGAAGGACAUAAAGAUUCAAUUAACAAAGUUAAAUGAUUCUUCAGCCAUUCAAGAGCGUGGUAAGCUUCCCGCUCAGCCUCUAAUCACUCCCAAAGGGCAACAUAUGGCACAAACCUCCACUUCUUCAGAGUCUAAUCUAAAAGGGGUUAAUGCCAUAACUACUCGAAGUGGUCAAAGUACAGUAUCACCAUUACCUAAGACCACUAGUGUACCAAUGCCUGCUCCAGAUGCUAAUAUGCCACAGAACCCUCCAGUGAAGGUGCCCUUCCCUCAGGCUUUGAAAUCUUCUAGGAAGGUACUGGAAAAUCAUGGUGAAAUCCUAGAAAAUUUAAAACAAGUGAAGAUCAACCUGCCUCUCUUGCAUGUGAUCAAACAAGUACCAGCAUAUGCCAAGGUCAUCAAGGAUUUAUGCACCAUGAAAAGAAAACACCAUGUCAAGAAAACUGCAUUCUUGACGGAACAAGUAAGUGCGGUGAUUGAACAAAAGAUACCGAUCAAAUACAAAGAUCCAGGUUGUCCUACAAUCGCUUGCCAAAUUGGGACACAAGGAUUUGGUCAAGCUCUCCUAGACUUAGGUGCAAGUGUUAAUCUCAUGCCUUAUUCAAUUUACUUGCAACUAGGCUUAGGAGAAAUCAAGCCCACAUCUGUGGUGCUACAAUUGGCUGACCGCUCAAUUAAAAAGCCACGAGGAAUAGUUGAAGAUGUCUUGAUUAAAGUUGGAAAAUUCUAUUACCCCGCUGACUUUUUGAUUUUGGACACUCAGUCUGAGGUUAAUACUGAGUCAAAAAUUCCCAUCAUUCUCGGUAGGCCUUUCCUUGCAACAGCCAAUGCUCUCAUUAACUGUAGGAAUGGUCUCAUGAAAUUAUCUUUCGGGAAUAUGACUAUGGAGGUCAACAUUUUUCAUGUUGCGAAACAACCACCAGACGAGGAGGAAGAUUGCUAUCAUACUGAUGUGAUAGACACAAUUGUUGAGGAGGAAGUUCUUUUGCAUGAUGAUUCUGAUUCUUUAAGUGAUCUCCUCCAUGACUUUGAUACUGAAAAUAUGCUUUAUCCACCUGAGGAAGCUAAUGUUUCUUCCAUUGUUGAGAUGUCCCAAGAUGAAGCAUCACCGUCGCAAUAUGAGAAUUUGCGAUUCCAGACCCGAUCUAUGAAACGCUUCUUCGGGUCCAUGUGCGAUAUUGACAAAUUCUGGUAA